CGUAAAUCAGGAACCCAGGGCUGACCACGUGUUUGCAGUGCAGUCAGUAGCUGUGAUGGUUCAGUUCUGAUGCCGACAAACAUUAACCCUUGGUCCUCUGAGGCCCCUGGUUCCUAUCACCACCACACUAAAGAAAUCUGAGUUGGGGUUGAGGAAAGCAACAUUAUGGCUAACACUGUGGGCAAGCUGAGUUUCAGCAAUAAGCUUAUUCUAGCACCUAUGGUACGGGUAGGCACGUUACCCAUGAGGCUUUUGGCAUUAGACUAUGGUGCUGAUAUUGUCUACUGUGAGGAACUGAUUGAUCUAAAAAUGAUUCAGUGCGAAAGGGUAGUUAAUGAUGGUUUGGAGACAGUGGACUUCAUAGCUCCAGAUGAGAGGGUGAUGUUCCGGACCUGUAGUAAAGAAAAGGACCGGGUGGUCUUUCAGAUGGGAACUGCAGAUCCAAAGAGAGCCCUGGCAGUGGCCCAGCUUGUGGAGAAUGAUGUGGCAGCUAUUGAUGUCAAUAUGGGCUGUCCAAAGGAAUACUCCACUAAGGGUGGAAUGGGAUCUGCGCUUCUUUCUGAUCCUGACAAAAUUGAAGCUAUUCUGACCACUCUUGUGAGAGGAAUUUCAAAACCAGUGACCUGUAAGAUCCGAAUCCUUUCCACUCUAGAAGAAACAGUGAAUUUGGUGAAGAGAAUUGAGAAAACAGGGGUGUCAGCCAUAGCUGUCCAUGGCAGGAUGAAGGAAGAGAGACCACGACACCCGGUCCACUGUGACUACAUCCAAGCUGUAGCUGAAAGUGUGUCCAUCCCAGUGAUAGCUAAUGGUGGCUCUGUAGAUCAUGUUAAAACAUAUGAUGACAUUGAGAAGUUCCGAGAGGCAACAGGAGCAUCCUCUGUCAUGCUGGCUCGAGCUGCAAUGUGGAACCCUUCAAUAUUCCGCAGCCAGGGGGCGGUGUCAGUGGACGAGGCUAUGGAGGAGUACAUUAAAUAUGCUGUUCGCUAUGACAACAACACUUUCAACACAAAAUACUGCCUGUGCCAGAUGCUAAAGGACAGGGUGGAAUCCCCGAUGGGCAAACAGCUCCAUGCUGCACAGACCAGUGCAGAAAUUUGUGAAGUGUUUGGAAUGACUGAUUUCUACAAGAAGGCCCAGGCUGAUCUGGAGGCCCGAAAGAGUUACCUUCAGGCUAACAGUAGCAGUCUUUCAGAUCAGCCUACGUUGGAUGGUGAUGUCAUCACUAUGGCAGUAAAAUUUGAAAGAAGAGAGUAUCCCCCUCAGAUCACUCCAAAGAUGUAUUUGCUGGAAUGGAGUCGGAAGGAGAAGUUGGAGCAGCCUGUGUAUGAGACGGAGCAGCGUGCCCAAGACAGAGCUUUUCAGUCCACAGUUACAGUAGCAAAUAAGAAGUAUCGGUCCACCUUGUGGGAGAAGUCAAAGAAAUUUGCUGAGCAAGCUGCUGCCAUUGUAUGUCUGCGUACACUUGGGGUACCUGAGGGCCGUAUCGGAGAAGAGAAUUCAGGAUUGGUGAACAAGAGAAAAAGAGAGGAGAGAAAACAGGGCGUUUCAGAGGACAGUGGCAUUACAGACUCAACAAACAGGAAGAGACGGAUCACUGAGCCAUCGCAGAAAGAGGAACAGGAGUCAAAUGACAAGAUGACGGUAGUAAAUGGCUCAUGUGGUCAGACUGUACUGUGACCACAACCAUGACGAGACAACAAUUGCUAACCUUAUAAGCUCAUUAUGAGGACCGUGGCUGCAUUUCAUUUGUAACAAUGCAGCACAUCAUCUCUACACAGAGAUGUCAGAUGAAGACUUGCAUGUUAUUCCUGAAACUUUCCUCCUUAUUUUAAUAGGGAAUCCUUUUUGUAUGAUUGUAUGUAUUUGUGAGACAGAGUGUGUGUUUUGGGCAUGCUUGUUGGUUUUCAUUCAAAGAGGAGUGAGAUCUUUCUUAAAGUAUUGCGUCAGAGGCAGGAUGUACAUUCUAAGAUAGUGGUUCCUAAUUCUUGUUCUGGAGUACCACUGAUGCAGGGAUGGUCAGUCUUAUCCACAAAUGGCCAAUGUGACUCCAGUCCCCAAACAAGCAGAAGCACACAUGAAUCCACUUGUUGAAUCACUUGGUCUCUGUCUUCAUACAGUCAAUUCAGAGUGCUCCUGCUUUGUUGGAAUGAAAACUGGCCCUUCGUGAAUAAGAUUGGACACCCUAGCACUAGUGUUUUUCCUGCUUUUACUCAGGAAGGCUUUUUAACUCACUGCUAAAUUAAAACAGGUGUGUUAGAGCAGGGAACAGACUUAAUUGUAUAGGGAAGAAGUACUUCACAACCAGGUUUAAGAAACAGUCUUCUAAGCAGUAGGUUUCAUCGUAUGGUUAUGGUUGAGCAAAAAUACAAGCCCCUUAGACCAGAGGUCUUCAGACUGGUCCUCAGGGCCCCCAGACAGUCCACAAUUUUGCUCCAUCAUUAUGCAUUUUGAGUUAGGUUGCAGCAAAAAUGUGGACUGCCUGAGGACCAGUUUGAGAUCCACUGUUCUAAACAAUAUAGACACUGUUCCACAGACCAAAAGGGGGCAGUCAACUGUCUCUUAAUCACUCAGCCGCCGUUUGUGUCAUGAAAGCUGAAAAUGAUUGCCAAACUAUGACGGAGAGGACAUUCAGACAGGAUUUUUUGAAUAGUUAUAUUAGGAGGUCCUAUAUAUUAGACAUUGAAAUUCUGACUUUACCUACACUUUUAAAGCGGGGUACUGUGUGUAUUUAAUCAAAUUUUAUUUGAAUUAAACAUUUUAUCAGUCCUGAAGGAAAAAUGUCUU